AUUGGCGACAUUGUGUUGUGCAGUCGUCGUUGCGGGUACACACAUCAGCAGCACCAAGCCACACAAAAUUUUUUCUAUAUAGAAAGAGCAGAGAAAGAUUAGAACGAUUUGUUGAAAAAAUACAAAAAUAUUUGUUAAAAAAAGACACAAAAAAAAAAACGAACUAGCGAGCUAGUGUAGAUCCAGAAAAGGGAUAUCCUUGCCGAAAGUGCCCAACGUUAAAUCAUUCGCGAUUCAUCCCUUAACGAACGAACAAUCUUUGCUUGACCAACACACGGUUUGGUUUUCCACACGGUAGUUGUUGUUGUAAAAGUGUCUCUAUAUUCAAUACUAGAGUGUGACAAGAAGUUAGUGUAUAGUAUCGGACGAACAAUAACAAAAUACCCUAUUAAAACGGAACGACAACGACGACGACCGUUGCAGAGUCGCGUCAUGGCCAGGCUGGCCCCCCAACAGGGUGGUUGUAGUGCAACUAACCCCUCCGACUUGCGUUAAGUAUUUUUUUCCUUUCAUUUUUGUUGUUGUUGGAUUCUUUUAUGCUUCACAAUUCCGUUAUUUUGUUGUUGUGUGUGGAGUAUUAUAGUGUGGAGCAGCACAACUUUGAACGAACAUUCGAUACCAUUCAGUGUUAAGAUUUUCGCGAACAAAAAAGGAUUUCUCACGACCGAACGAACGAUAUAACGGAUAAAAGAAAUAAUCCCAAGGAUUAUAAUAAUAAAAUAAAAUUACUAAUAAAUAAAAAGGAUUUCUACAAUGAUUCUGAAAAGUGAAGAAAGAUAAUUUAUUUUUUUGUUCUUGAGAAAAAGUAUUUUUAACGGAAAAUAUUGCAAAAAAGUCCUUCCAGGGACAUAUAUAUAAAACGUUCAGUGAAAUAUACUAAGUUUCGAAGAAACAAGUGGUUGAUGAGAAAUUGAUAAAAUAAGAGUGUUUUUUUUUUUUAAUAAGAAGAAGAAAAAAGAAAUUAUUAUAAAACGAAUGUGAUAUCGUGAAAACCUUUCUGAAAAUAUUCUUCCUGUAAAAAUCCUUUUUUCUGUGAGUAAACUGAAAAACAUAGGUACCUACCAGGUACAUAAUAUUUCCGGUAAUCGAAAUCAAUAUACAAAAACAGGUGGAUUUGUAUCGUGUAUCGUGAGUGUUUGUCCUUUGAUCCUUUUCCUUGUUAAAUCCUUUAUUUUUCUUACUUUUUGGAUCUGAUGCCAUUAAGUUAAUAAAAUUUUGAUUUUAUUUUUUUGUGUUAAAUAAAAAAAUUCACAUUUCGAUUUCCCGUUGUUUUAUAGUCGUCCUUAAAAGUCCUUCAAAAAAAUAAAAAAAAGUAUUGAAAACAAAAAAAUUUGGCAAGCAUAUGUAAGACGUGUUAAAAUCACAGAGUAGAUAUAUCUCAACAUGUUAAGUUCCUUCGCCAUUCGCAUUGAAAAACACUUUAGGAGUUAUUGAUUUGACAAAAAAAGACUUUAUCAAGAAUAAAGGACACUCCAUUCGCAUUUGCACAGAUCUCAUCGUUCCGUUCUACCGAGUUAACACAACUUUAACCAAAAACUCCUACCAAUCAACUCCUAUAGAAACAAGUGAUUAAAUGAAGAUGAUAAUCAAGAUCUUUAUAUGCCUGAGUGUCUUGAUUGGCAGUGCACUAUCCCUCCAUCUCAGCAAUGAUCGAACUGGCGAAAGCAGUAGUGGCGGAAGUGUUUUAGUUCCACCCGUCAUGUCUAGCUCCAGUGGUACGCUGCAGCAUCAUGUCAGCAAUCCCUAUCGAAGAAUGGCGGCCGCAGCCGAAUCCGAACGAGAGCGAAUGCUCUUUAUGGGUGGAGGACGAAGGGGGCGCCCUAUAGUUACAGGUCGUUUGCAUAUGACGACCGAUGACACCGAUGCAGAGGUUCCCAAUUAUCCAGCUUCGUCGUUGACGAUGUUGCAGGACAAUGAAUUCCCUAUACGUCGUGAACCGUUUUUCUUUGUUGGAGACGAUGAUGACGGUCGCGACGGAGGUGAUGGUGGUGGUGGUGGUGGAGGAUAUCAGGACUUUCAGAAACCGCAGUCAGACCAUUAUCAUCGCUAUGAUGACGGCAGUUAUGAGAUCAUGGAGGAUAUAUUCAAUCGCGGAGAAGGCAUUUACCGGAAGUACCCACCAAUCCAUCAUCAGCCAUCAUCUGUACCGCACUUCCAAGCUCAAUCUCCUAGAGGACUCCAGGAACUGUUCGAUCAUCAAGAAGUCGCUGAUGAGCUCGAUGUUCCACAUCAUCGGUCUGGUAACCUAGAUGUAAGGAUACAACAGAAAAUGCAGCGCAAAAGGACUCAACACAAGCAAAACCUGGAAAACCAACCAUUAUCAUCAGGGUCAAAAACCGCUGACUCUUCCUCGCCAUCUAACUCAGCCACAGUCAAUAGCGGCGGCGCCCCAUCAUCAUUGGUCAAUUCAGAGGAACAAAAGCAUCAAAAAACAAACCAACAGCAGCAACAGUUAUCACAUCGCACCACCAACAGUAAGCGUUCAGGGAUAAAUAGCGGUAUCGGAGUUCCACCACCCGUUACCCAUAGCAUAGCCAGCCAGUUGAUGUUACGUACGGCGAGAGGACAACGACAGUACGAUGUGCCGCAAAUUGGUAAGUGGAUAAAUUUUUAUAUUAAGCCCAUCCUUAUCCAUACAUCAACAAAAAAAGUAAGUAAUUUACCCUAGUGGCAUACUUUAAGGUAGGUAUAUAUAAACGAAGGAACAACAACAAAAAAAACUGCUGCUUCGGAAUUUAUUCAGGUUCACACACAAUUUCCUUUGCUUUCGAUGUCGAAAGUAAGCCCAUAAAUCAUUUGGCUAUAAAUAUUCCAUCGAGAAUGGUUUUAUUCUUGGCUUUGGUUAUUAUAGCUCAAAAAGGGGGGUGAUGAUGUAUAAAAAAAAAAGGAUAUCGUUAAAAACCCACUUUUUAAUUCCCCUUUCCUUGGUUGCACAAAAAAGCAACAACAAAAAACAAUACAUUUUUCGUCAAGAAAAACAAAAAUAAAAUAAACCAAAAAAAAAAUCUUUGCUCGUUUUAUAAUAAAAAUAAAAUUACCUUCUUCAAAGUCGUCCUUAUAUAGGUUUUGGCCAAUGGCUAUUAUGGUGGUGGACGCGUUGUUUUAAGUUGUAACCAAAAAUAGCAACACAAAGAUCCUUAUCAUUAGAAAUCGAAACAAGAAAGUCUAGGAAAUUCGCACGGAAGCUCGAAAUAAACAUUAGAAGCGUUGAGGAGACAGAGUGAAUGGGGGUUGAAACUCCAAUCACCCCGAUAAAUCGUGCAACAAAUACCUAGACGGCAGGGUUGGUAGUUAAUUUCUACUAAAUUUACACCCCACAACCCACCGCAUCGAGCCUAUCGACUCAUUCACACCCACUUUACUCAUUCCACAAAUUUCUAUCAAAACAGCUAUAGCUAGGCUUAGGAUAGGUAAAUCCGGUCGCAUAACACUCAUUUAAAUGGCAGGCUACUCAGAGCUUUCUAUAGCAAUAGUAGGCACACUAUUUCCUUGUUGCUGUUAAAUGGUCUCCCUUUACCUACCGCACAAUCACAACCUUAGAUCUUAAUUGAGUAUUGCAAAGCUUAGACUGGGUUGGCCUGAAGUCGAUUCGAGUGGAGUGGAGUUGAGUUGGUCCGGUACCGGUUCGGUUCGGGGUUUUAUAAUAGUGUGGGAGAGUAUGAUGAGAAGGCUUCAUUUUGGUGGUUGAAAGACUGUUGCUGGUUUAGAAUUUCUCGUCCUCGUGUCGCUCUGUAGAGGCAUCUAAAAUCGAUUGCGAAUCCGAACAAUAGGCUGUGCCUGUGCCUGUGCUGUGACAGUGAUAAGGAGGGCAGAAAAUUAUGUUGCGGGCCCCUUUUCGAUUGUGUUCGAACACAACCAUUUAUAGAACGGUAAUGUCACCAAGAGUGAUUAUGUGCUUCUCUGGUUGUGAGAAUUGAUGGAAUUAGUGGUGUUUAAUGGUGUUUUGUUUUUAUUUUUUUUUUUUUGCUUUUUACAGCAUUUAUGGGAGUUGGAGUGGAACAUGCUUUAUCUAUUCAUGCGAGAACCUUGGGGCUUCUGUUAAAAACUUAUCUCUGAUGAAGCAUAGAAUUAGGGUUAAAAAGAAACAAACUGAUUUUUUUGUUUUCAAUUGACUUGUGUUUUGUUUGUAUUGGUUUUUUUUUUCUGAUAUUAAAAGAGGUGAUUGGUUG